ACGGCCGCUCGCCGUUCCUCACAGCGAUCGCGAGCUCUUCCUCCCUCUCUCGCUUCCGUUCGAUAAACACUUGAACCGCAACCAUGGCGGCGCCUCCGAAAGCCACGGCGGGCUUGCACCCCCCGCGCCUCGCGCACAUAUUCGCUGGCUCGCCCAGUGCGCCCGGAACGCCGGUGCACUCGAUCCAGACGAUGAGGCGCAAGGCCGCUGGGCACAGCGGUCCGCUCACCAAGAUCCUCGUCGCCAAUCGCGGGGAAAUCGCGAUUCGUGUGUUCAGGACAGCCCACGAGCUCGCGAUGCACACCGUCGCUAUCUACUCCUAUGAGGACCGGCUGAGUGCCCAUCGCCAGAAGGCAGACGAAGCGUACCGCGUCGGCGAGGGCUUGACGCCCGUCGCUGCUUAUCUCGCCCAGGACGACAUCAUCAGGAUCGCUCUGGAACAUGGCGUCGACAUGAUUCACCCUGGAUACGGCUUCUUGUCCGAGAAUGCCGAGUUUGCACGCAAGGUCGAGCAAGCUGGCAUUGCGUUCGUCGGGCCUACUCCUGAGGUCAUCGACGGACUCGGCGACAAGACCAAGGCCCGUACUCUUGCUAUGAACGUUGGUGUCCCCGUCGUCCCUGGUACCCCCGGCCCCGUGGAGUCCUGGCAGGACGCCGAAGCCUUCAUCAAGGAAUACGGCUUCCCAGUCAUCAUCAAGGCCGCGAUGGGCGGCGGGGGGCGCGGCAUGCGCGUCGUCCGCGAGGAGUCCGAGGCCAAGGUCUCGUUCGAGCGCGCCGUGAGCGAGGCCAAGGCUGCGUUCGGCGACGGCACCGUCUUCAUCGAGCGCUUCCUCGAGCGCCCCCGCCAUAUCGAGGUCCAGAUACUCGCGGACGCGGUCGGGAACACGAUCCACCUCUUCGAGCGCGACUGCUCCGUCCAGCGCCGGCACCAGAAGGUCGUCGAGGUCGCGCCCGCGCUGCACCUGCCCGAGGAGGUCCGCCAGGCGAUCUGGAACGACGCGAUCAAGCUCGCGAAGAGCGUCGGGUACAGGAACGCCGGCACGGCCGAAUUCUUGGUCGACCAGAUGGGCCGCCACUACUUCAUCGAGAUCAACCCCCGCAUCCAGGUCGAGCACACUAUCACUGAGGAGAUCACCGGUCUCGAUAUCGUCGCCGCCCAGAUCCAGAUCGCGGCCGGCGCGACGCUCCCGCAGCUCGGUCUGACCCAGGAGGCGAUCACGAAGCGCGGCUUUGCCAUCCAGUGCCGUGUCACCACCGAAGAUGCGGCGCACAACUUCCAGCCCGACACCGGCAAGAUCGAGGUGUACCGCAGUGCUGGUGGUAACGGCGUUCGUCUCGACGCGAGCUCCGGUUUUGCUGGCGCUCAGAUCACGCCCCACUACGACAGUCUGCUCGUGAAGGUUUCCGUCACCGGCACCACGUACGAGGUUGCGAGGCGCAAGAUGCUUCGUGCGCUCGUGGAGUUCCGAAUUCGGGGCGUGAAGACGAACAUUCCGUUCUUGCUCCGUCUGCUGACAAACGACACCUUCGUGUCAGGAAAAACCUGGACUACAUUCAUCGACGACACUCCGGAGCUCUUCAGGCUCGUGCAGACUCAGAACCGUGCACAGAAGCUGCUCGCUUAUCUCGGAGAUGUUGCCGUUAACGGCAGCUCGAUUAAAGGACAAACUGGCGAGCCCGGCCUCAAGGACGAGAUCGUUAUCCCUCCCUUCCAAAAUCGUGAGGACCCCAACGGACCUCCUCUCGACGCCACCCUCCCCUGCGAGCAGGGCUGGCGCAACAUCAUCGUCGAGAAGGGUCCGGAAGCGUUUGCCAAGGCUGUCCGCGAGUACCCCGGCUGCCUAAUUAUGGACACGACGUGGCGCGACGCGCACCAAUCUCUCCUCGCCACGCGUGUGCGCACGGUCGACAUCGCGAACAUCGCGAAGCAUACGAGCUAUGCGCUCGCGAACGCGUACUCGAUCGAGUGCUGGGGCGGUGCGACGUUCGACGUCGCGAUGCGGUUCUUGUACGAGGACCCGUGGGAGCGCCUGCGCACGCUCCGCAAGCUUGUCCCGAACGUGCCGUUACAGGCGCUCGUCCGUGGCGCGAACGGUGUCGGUUACACCAGCUACCCUGACAACGCCAUCUACGAUUUCUCCAAGAAGGCUGUCGAGAAUGGUCUGGACAUCUUCAGGGUGUUCGACUCGUUGAACUACAUCGAGAACCUCAAACUCGGUAUCGACGCCGCGAAGAAGGCUGGCGGUGUUUGCGAAGCCGUCGUCUGCUACAGCGGUGAUAUCGCCGACCCGAAGAAGACGAAGUACACCCUCCAGUACUACCUUGACUUCGUCGACCAGCUUGUGAAUGAGGGCAUUCACGUUUUGGGUAUCAAGGACAUGGCCGGUCUCCUGAAGCCCCAGGCUGCGACCAUGCUUAUAAGCGCAAUCCGCAAGAAGUACCCCGACCUCCCCAUCCACGUCCACUCGCACGACACCGCCGGUAUUGCGACGGCCAGCAUGAUCGCUGCCGCCGCCGCCGGUGCCGACGUCGUGGACGUCGCCAUCGACAGCAUGUCCGGCCUGACCUCGCAGCCGCCCAUGGGCGCUGUUUGCGCCGCGCUCGAGCAGACUGGCCUCGGCACGGGCAUCCGCUACGCCGAUAUCCAAGCCUUGAACUUGUACUGGAGCCAGGCUCGCAUCCUUUACCAGUGCUUCGAGGCGAACGUCCGCGCGUCGGAUUCGUCUGUCUUCGACCACGAGAUGCCUGGUGGUCAAUACACCAAUCUCAUGUUCCAAGCCUCGCAGCUUGGCCUCGGUACCCAGUGGACCGAAAUCAAAAGGAAGUACAUCGAAGCUAACGAAUUGUGCGGAGACAUCAUCAAGGUCACGCCGUCGUCGAAGGUCGUCGGCGACUUCGCUCAGUGGAUGACUUCGAACAAGCUGUCGAAGCAGGACGUCAUCGACCGUGCCGAGACGCUCGACUUCCCGUCGUCGGUCGUCGAGUUCUUCCAGGGCUACCUCGGGCAGCCCGUCGGCGGAUUCCCAGAGCCCCUCCGUUCGCGUAUCAUUAGGGACAAGCCGAGGAUCGACGGGCGCCCCGGCGCGACCAUGGAGCCCCUCGACUUCAAGAAGAUCAAGGCGGAGCUGCGCAGCAAGUUUGGCAAGCACAUUUCAGACAGUGAUGUGACGUCGUAUGUCAUGUAUCCAAAGGUCUUCGAAGAGUAUCAGAACUUCGUCCAGAAGUACGGUGAUCUCAGCGUGAUCCCGACCCGCUACUUCCUCGGACGUCCUGAGAUCGGCGAGGAGAUGCAUAUCUCCAUCGAGAAGGGCAAGACGUUGAUCAUCCGGUUGAUGGCCGUCGGCCCUGUGGUCGAGGGUAAGGCGCAGCGCGACGUCUGGUUCGAAGUAAACGGCGAGGUUCGCGCCGUCUCCGUAGAGGACAAGAACUCUGCCGUCGAGACCGUCUCGCGCGAGAAGGCGACAUCCGAUCCCGGCUCAGUUGGCGCCCCGAUGUCCGGUGUCGUCGUCGAGGUGCGCGUCAAGGAGGGUCAGGAGAUCAAGAAGGGUGACCCGCUGUGCGUCAUGAGCGCGAUGAAGAUGGAAUCUGCCAUUACUGCGCCGGUGUCUGGCCACGUCAAGCGCGUCGUUGUACAAGAAGGUGACUCCAUCAACCAAGGCGAUCUCACCGUGGAGAUCGUCCACUGAUUCCGUUGUACCAUAUGAAUGAACUGUAUGCCAGCAAACAAGAUGUAGACCAGCAUGAUGUAUCUGUUUCCAUGAUGACUAUUUUAUG